GAGAAAGUUGAAAUCACGUGUCUCGCUGUAGAAAGUUUGACAAGUUGGUCGACAUAAGUACUCUGUUUUCCCGCUAUCGAAAACGUUGAAUGCCAUUCUCUUGUGUCUUCUUCUUCUGUUAAUUACAACCUCGCGAUCUCACCUGGAAUCGAAGUCUUUUCUUUUAGCGACGAUAUAAAAAACACACCCCAAAAACAUGGAAAUCGUGCAGAAAAUCAUGUCGGGGUUUAGUCUGGAUUUGGGAGCAGUGAAAGAGCCACUGGGAUUUAUCCGAAUCCUGGAAUGGGUGUUCACCAUUUGUGCCUUUGCCACCACUGGUGGUUAUGUUGGAUUCAGUGAGUUCACCAUUGAUUGUGAAAGUAAAAAAGAAGAGAUUACUGCUCAUUUUGCAUAUCCUUUUAGGCUCCCGAGUCAGCCAUAUGAGAUUCCUCACUGCAAUCAGAGCAAGAACGUGACUUUCCUGCAGGGGGAUUUCUCCUCCUCGGCCGAGUUCUUCGUCUCUGUGGGCGUCUUGGGCUUCUUGUACUGUACUUUCACCCUCAUCCUGUACUUGGGCUACCAGCAGGUUUACAGGGAGUCUAACCGUGGCCCGAUUAUUGAUCUGAUUGUGACCGGGAUCUUUGCUUUCUUGUGGCUGGUUUGCUCCUCAGCCUGGGGAAAAGGUUUAACAGAUGUCAAAUAUGCUACGGAUACUGACAAGCUAGUAAAAGCUUGUCUGCCUGAUAAGUGUGUGGUGAAGAGCUACCCUUCGAUGGGUCGUCUCAAUUCCUCUGUGCUCUUUGGAUUCCUAAACCUGAUAUUGUGGGCAGGAAACUGCUGGUUCAUCUACAAGGAGACUCCGUUUCAUAAGCCGGCCAAUCCACCGCCCAGCGUAGAGGGAGGAGUUUCCACCUCCUAAUUAGACAAGACGGGCUCCUUCCUCUCCUCUCCAUUCGUUCAUAAAGCAGAGGACAUCACCACUUGUGAAACAAACUACACUUUGAUAUGCAAAAGCUUUGUUUCUAGCAUCAUGCAUCGCAGUUCAUUACAUUAGACAUGCUCUAAGCUGAAUUCAUCAUUUCUUUAUGGAUUUUUUUUAUUUUAGUGUCUAUUUAAUGGCACUGUCAGAAGCUAAUUUUGUCACGCAGGUAAAAAAAGAAACCAAAUUAUUUAUUAGAUCAGUAGCAUUUCAGUUACAACUUACAAUAAACUUGUUCUAGGUAAUUGAUGUUUUUCAUUUUAAUUAAUUUGUCUAAUUCGAUAUAAAGAUGACCUGCAUUUCAGUAACCGUAAAUGUCCACUACAAUCGGACCUCAUGAGAAUGUCAAAUGUCUCUGAGCACUUCAAAUACUAGCACACUAAUAUCUAGCUCCAGACAUUUAAAGCUUGUCUUUACUUGUAGUUUUUAAAUAACUAUUUAUUGGUUUAAGUGCCUUUUCAUUUACGUUCAUGAUAGAAUGUUUUUCCACAGCCACAUCCGAGUCACCUUACAUUUGUCAGAGAAGGACAAACUAAAAAAAUCGUCUUAGUUUCAGCCAUAAAGCAUCUGAUAUUUCAUCUGUAACCUUUAUUUUAAAUGUUUGUGUGAAUUCUCUGAGUUGACUCUUUUUGAAGUGGUAUUUGGUAAUAAUAAAUUACAACGCCAAAGGCCGUAUUUAAUUUUCUAUCAGGACAAAUGUUAACUAUUCAACACUAGUCAUUGUUUAACAGAAAGGAAACACUUGUUUGAUUGUUUUUCUACUGUUUGGAGUAGUAAUGUUGUCAUUAUUUGUAUUUGGCUGUUAUUUGACUUGACACUGUAAAUGAAGCGUCUGUAUCACAUGGGUUGAUGUUUAUAUUUACAGAAAGAAAAUUUAAUUUUGU